AUGGACAUGCUAUCAGCCUCUGAGCAGCGUACGCUGGAGCAGCGCAUGCAGAAGCGCCAGGUCAAGGAGUUUAUGGGCGCUUUUGGUGGCCUCGUCGAGCACUGCUUCACCUCCUGCGUUGACGACUUCACCUCCAAGGCUCUCUCGACGCGCGAAAACGGCUGCAUAAACCGUUGCGUCCUCAAGUGGAUGGCCACCCAGCAGCGCGUUAGCGAUCGGUUCCAAGAGCACAAUGCCCAGAUCACUCAGCAGAUGCAGAACAAAUGA